ACCCGUCGACAGCCAUGCUCAUCGCCCUCUCCUGACCUCGUCUUGUUUGUUCUACACAUGCUCCUCGCCGCAUCCAGGCCGACUAUGGAGGACAAUGGCCCUACCCGCCCUGCCUCAGAACAAUAGUGACAUCGCUGCACCGUGCUCGCCCGUCCACACUGCGAAACGCGACAUCCUGCCCGCCGCCGCCACUGUUGCUGCUGCUGCUGCUGCUACCGCCCCCGGAGCAGCCUCAGAAAAUGCCAAACGGCGCGCCGACGACUCGCGCCGCCUGCGACGGGUCAAGGACUCGCGCGAACAACUCAAGAGCAGGACACGGGCGCGCGGCACCAGCAAUGCCACCAUUGACACGACCACCAGCAACUCGACCGCUGCUGGCCGCUCCUACACGGUGGCCAAUGUGCACAACGGCGUCAUCUACCUGAGGCCCGUGGCGCGCCCUGGCAACCAGCGAGGCCGCUCGCAACCAGAUGCCUUCGUCUUCCCGCCCCAGACUCCCCCCGACAGCGCCACUCGCGACACGCUGCGCCCGCUGAGUGAUGACCUCGACCAUGGCUUCUACGGCUCUUCAUCUCCCCAGUCGGAGCCCUCACCACCGCUACCAGGUCUGAGCGAAGACGAAGUCGCUGCCCACUACUCCCACCAUUACCACCACAACUACCACCAAAAUAACACCCAAUACCCCCCCCACUCCGCACACACGCGCUCCCACUCCUUCUCUAUUGCCGACGACCAUAUCCCCGCUUCCCUCACCAACGAGCCAGGCACCUUCAAGGUCGUCAUCGAACGCCCGGGGCAUGUUCGGCCCAAGACGGCUGACACUUCCUCCUUCCCCAUGCUGCAGGUGCCCAUUCCGCAUUACCGCUUGGGCACUCCGCGUUUCAGCACACGCGGGACCGUCGACUUGCGCAGCUCAAUUUACACAGGAACCUCGGGCACCGAGGACUUUGCCAAUUCCCUCCUCGUCACCCAGCACAGCGCCAGACAGUCCUUCCUGUCAUCGCGUACUCGUUCAGAUGCCUAUUCGCCAGUACCCCACCGCUUUCGCGCUACCAUGGACCGCCCGCCCAUUCCCCUCUCAGGCCCAUCGUCUGCUCGUGUCUCGCACUUUCCAAUUGGCCCUCGCCUUUACGACGCGCUUACCCUGAACCCCGACGACAGGGCCGUGGUACGCUUCAAUGCUAAGGGUGACAUCCUUGCAGCCACGCCUUCCCGCCUAGUCGCUCACAUUACCUCGCCAAGUUUCCUCGAUUACGAACUGCUGUCCGAUUUCUUUCUCACGUUCCGAGCCUUCCUGUGCUCCCGCGAUCUAGUCGCAUACCUCAUUGCCCGGUUGCGAUGGGCUGUCGACCGCCAGGAUGACUUCGGUCGCAUUGUCCGCGUGCGCACAUUUGUAGCCCUUCGGCACUGGAUCCUCAAUUACUUUGUCGAUGACUUCAUGCCACUCUACCGCCUACGAGUCAUUUUCUGCGACCUUGUCAACAGUCUGUACAGUGAUCUGCGUGCUCGUAAAGACGGAGGCGGAGGAGAUAUCAACAUUGUGGGUGAGCUGAAGAAGUGUUGGAGACGUACUUGUGCAUUAUACUGGGAAACAAAUGACCCUGUGGGCCGCAAUUAUGCAGACGAUCCGUUACUUCCAGGAGGUACAGACGAGGGAUCGCAAAUGUUGUUUGAAGAACCCCCUGCCGUUCAGCCCAUGCCCAGUACACCCCCGCGGGCUACUGUACGCGACACCAAGGAGACCAUUGGAUCAAACCCAAGCGAUCACUUUGCUAGUCGGUACAUGGACUGGGCGCAAAGAUCUCGCCAUACGCCUCAAAACUCAAUGAGCACUCCAUUUCUACCAUCACAGGAUAAUGAAAGUGCUCAGGUGCCAUUAUCUCCCGCAAGUGAGCGGAGCAUGCACAUUUUAUCCUGCUCAAUCCCAAAGCGGGGGGUAAACAAACAUGAUCAGAACGUCGAACUGCCUCUGUAUCCACACCCUGUACCAGCAGUCAAUCCCGUUCCUACUGCCACAGCUCGUCUAGCAGGUAGCCCGCAGCAGCCAGUGUCUAUGAAGAACAGCCAACGUCCAGCCCGAGCCCACAAGCGUAGCGGCAGUUUCUCUGACGCCCUCCGAGACAGCAGAGCCCCGUUGUCCAUACCCAAGAAUACACCGGCUGAUUACACCAUUUCUGCUGUAGCCAACAUGCCCGGCACUCUUGUGCGCGGCGGGCUCAUCCAGCCAACCACUCCGUACUUCCAAGUCAAAACUCUACGAACCGCGCCAUCUCGCCAUUUCCACGAGCCCGAAGACCUCGACGUGAGCGAACUCCAAAGACCAGGGCAAGCCAACUCACCGGGCAUGAAGAAAAUUUUGGGCAGUGUCCGACGUGCUUUGAGCACUCGUCAGCAAGCGAGCGUAGGUUCCCAUUUGAGCGGAUCUUUGCAGCAGAGACAACCACCUUAUGGGCGAUCCUCAAACCCAGGUGCCGUCCCAGCCGUCUCGAUGUCAGGAGGAGUACAGAAACGGCGUACUACUCGGCCGCGGCCUCAGAUGCGGGUCGAUGUUCUAGCAGCUACAGUAGCCGAAAGUUUUCGAAGAGCGGUAGAAGAGCAAUUGCAAAGUGAGGGGCAGGAACUCAAUGAUGGCGACGCUCCCAGUCUUAACGGUUUCGAAUUUGAGUUUGAUGGACGUGAAACUCCAACCCAGAACGACCAUCAGCAACCACGGCGUAAACCGGACCCUCGUGUGCACAGCAACAUCACCAGCGGCAGCAAAUCGAUUGUCAUCAUUGAUGAUACCGGGGCGCCACCACUGCCCACUACAGGCCCCUUGCCCACUGAACUCGACAAGGUAGCGGCAAAGUUGGACAGUCACCAACGAGACGCAUCAAAUGACGAAUCCCAAGCCGACGACGCCAACUCGAUACAACACUCUUAUCUUUAUGACGAUCCAGACCCCCACGCUGCCACAGAAGAGUACCGCCGCUCACGUACUCCUACUAGGCAGUCCAAUGCAAGGGAGAGACGCUCCAUGUCCGCAGGUCCAGAAGGGAUGCAUUCUUUCCGGCGCAAGGGCUCAUUUAAGAAUUCAUUAGCACGUGCAGGCUCUCUUAGGCGCCAUGCUUCUUACAACAGUGUGCUGAGUAGACGAGGUCCCGCAAGUGUGGCUACAUUCCAGACCAUGUCAUCUGAUAACGAUCCCUUCUUUCUUGAUCGUCAGCCGACAGCCGAAUCAGCUGGACCAACACGACAGCUUCGCCGACGACCCGGUGGUGACCUCCGCGCUGCAGACAAUGUGCAUGAUCUCGAACAGGUACAGCGACCGUACUCUACCGGCUCUGUGUCAAAUCACACACACUCUAUCACCAAUUCUGUCAUCCUACGCGCUGACCGUUUUAUCGAUUCAGACCCUGAAUUGUCUCAUGGGGUUCAGGGACCGCCCGAAGCAGAAACUCCAAGAAAGCCAAUCUCCUUGGUGGAUACGCACUCUUCCCAACCCAACCUCAGGCCGUCUUUCGAGGCAGAAGUAGCAAAACUUGCUGCCUUACCCGAUGAUACCGAUGACGAAGGCGGAGUCGAGUCAGCGUUAAUGAAGUUGGAGGGGCGAUACGAGAAGAAGUCGCCAAGUAUACCUUCACAAAGAACUACGAUUGAUUUUGGACAUCACCAUGCAACUCAGAGCUUCAGCCAGAGUUCUCGUCUCGAUGCUUUCGAGCACGACAAUCGUCCUGCAACUGAUGACGUCUUCCAUCGCCCGCUGGCUCCUCCUGAAACUGACGGUCAAGGCAUGUAUAGGCUGUCGGCCGAAAACUUUAAUCGUCGUGUGCCACCAGUCACCUCCGUUGGGGAAUCAACUGACUCAUACUCUUCCAUACCCCUUCUCGACCGCCAUCUUAGUGAGAUGGCGAGUCUACAACGAGGACAAACGCUAGAUUCCAUCGCAUCUUCGGCUAAGCCUUCGCCUCUGCAAGUUGGCGCUUUUCCGUUGCAAGCUGGCCGGCCACCUGGUACGUCUUCGUCAAUGAAUUCAUCUAUUGAAUACGUCGAGGAAACGGACAGCAUGAGGCGGAUACCCGCUGGUGAAACCCUGCCUGCACAUUCCUAUGUCCGCGAAUCUUUCCUGAUGAAUGAUGAUGAAGAUCUCAGUGAUGGUUUCUCCACAUCUGCUGCACAUUUCCUGGAUGGUCAACAAGAAACUCCUGAGGGUGUACCAGGCAACUUGCCAACCCACCCCAUGCGUCAUCCGCCUACGCCUCCUCCCACAGCUCCUCAGCUACACGAUUCUUUGCCCAACUCCACAGUCUUUGAUGAAGGUCUCCCGACGCCUGGCCUUACACCCACAGUCUCACUUUCCAACCAACAAGGGAAUCCACAGCCUGAGCGACCAGCCAGUUCUCCGGAUGAGCCACGAACCGUCCCUGCCGACCCUCCGGAACCAACCACUCAUUUACCUUUUGUCAUGGCAUACGAUUCGGACCUUCUCGCUCAACAAUUCACCAUUGUCGAAAAGGAUGCAUUGGAUGAGAUUGACUGGAAAGAGCUCAUUGAACUGCGUUGGAAGCAAUCUUCGCCACAGAUCCGUGACUGGGUGCAAUACCUACGAACUGAGGAAGCCAGGGGUGUGGAUGUCGUUAUUGCACGCUUCAAUCUUGUAGUCAAGUGGGUUGUAUCCGAGUGCCUGCUUACCGAAAACAUUUACGAACGCGCCCAAUGUAUCACCAAGUUCAUCCAUAUCGCCAACCACGCCCGACGAUAUCGCAAUUACGCCACGAUGUAUCAGAUUGCGAUCGCCUUGAUAUCCAACGACAUUUCGAGUCUCAAAAAGACUUGGGCUCUGGUCCCUGCGGCUGAGAUGCUGGUUAUGACUGAGUUGGAAGCUUUAGUCCAGCCCAUGAAGAACUUUCAUAACCUGCGACUCGAGAUGGAAACAGCCUCUGUCGAGGACGGCUGUAUUCCAUUCAUUGGUGUUUACACCCGCGACCUCAUCUACAACGCGCAAAAGCCUGCAUUCAUCGAUGCACCGCCAGUCGACGGCGAACGCCUCGUUAACUUUGACCGCCAUCAUAUGGCCGCCACUAUUGUCAAGAACCUCCUGCGUCUACUCGAGGCCAGCUCCAAGUAUACGUUCAAGGCCGAACCACACAUUCUCAGCAAAUGUCUUUGGUUGGCUGCGCUCAGUGACGAAGAGAUACAUGAGCGCAGUCGCCAGUGCAAAUGAUUAUACCCAUUGAGAUUCUGCUUUUAUGCAUUCGCUUGUCAUUUUCCUGUCAUCCGCCUUUGAGUGGAUCAAAACCUUAGUUCCUGACUUUGCUUUUUACCUUGUCUCUUUGCUAAUACCCAUUCUGCGCACUAUUGGCGCUGCAUCAACCCGACACGAUGUCAUGACUCUAUACUACCCACCUGUUGUUUUUAUACCUUCACUCGGCCCCUUAGGACCACCACCGACUCAGCACUUUCUACUCGUUAGAUCUAAUAGCUCACGCGUGGGGAAGAUAUCAUUGUAAUUUGGAGCGUUCAGUACUCAGUACAGUAAUGGCAAUGUACAGGAAGGCGUUUGGUAUCACAAACACAUGUACAUACUGUCAUCUGAUAUUCAAUAUUAUAUAAUU